AUGUCAUCAGCUAAACAAGAUCUUCCACAAGUUAGGGCUCCAACUUUACCUUCAAAAACAACUCCUGAACAAAGAUAUUGGAGAAGUUAUAUAAAUCCUCAAUUAAUUAAAGAAAAUCAUCCUAUUACUAGUAUUGAAUUUAAUCCUAAUUCACCUAAUGAUUUUGCUAUUGCUUCAGCUACUAAAAUUCAAAUUUUUUCAUCUAAAACAAGACAAGUAAUUAAAACAUUUUCUCGAUUUAAAGAUGUGGUUUAUUGUGGUAAUUAUAGAUAUGAUGGGAAAUUAUUAGUUGCUAGUGAUGCAUCAGGAUUAGUAUCAAUUUAUGAUAGUUAUCAACCUCGAAAUUUAUUAGUUAAUUUAACUCCUUCUUCACAUCCUACUCAUGUAGCAAAAUUUCAUCCAACAAUUGGUAAUCAAUUAAUUACUGGAUCAGAUGAUAGAAUAUUACGAGUUUAUGAUAUUUCUCAAACUUCAAAUGGACCAAUUAUACAAUUUGAUAAUAAUAAUAAUAAUAAUAAUAAUAAUCAUGAAGAUUAUAUAAGAAGUGUUAAUUUUAUUCCAGGAGAUUCUAAUUUAAUAGUUACUGGUUGUUAUGAUGGAUAUGUGAGAAUAUUAGAUAUAAGAGAUCCUCAUCGAAUAAUUGGUAAAUUUGAUCAAGAAAAUCCUGUAGAAGAUAUAUUAGCAAUUUCAUCAAAUACUUUAGUUAGUGCAGGAGGACCAUAUGUUAAAAUUUGGGAUUUAAAUAGAAUGAAUCAAAUUCAUCAAUUGAAUAAUUUUAAUAAAUCAACUACAUGUUUAUCAAAUACUCCUAUCACCAAUUCAUUAAUGGUGGGUUCAUUAGAUUCAACUAUUAAAGUAUUUGAUUAUACUUCAACUAAUUGGCAAGUUCAAUUUGGUUGGAAAUUUGGUAAUGGAGUAUUAUCAUGUGGAGUAUCACCAAUUAAUCAAAAACAUUUUGUUACUGGAUUAACUUCAGGAUUAAUUUCUAUAAGAACUAAAAAAAUUGAACCUAAAUUAAAACAAGGGAUUAAAAAUGAAAUAACUGGAAAUUAUGGUAGAAUGAUGAAAGGUAAAGAUUAUAUUGGUGAUGAAGAAGAUCAUAUAAUUGAAAGUUCUAAAUUAAUAACUAAUAAAACUAAUAAAAAUGUUAAUGAAUUAAUGGUGAAUUAUAAAAAAUAUCUUGGAGCAAAUGGUUUAUUAGAAGAUAUUAAAUCAAAUGAAUUAAAACAAGAAAUUAAUCAAUGUAUAAAAGCUAAAGAAAUUUGUGGUAUGUUAGAACUUUUAGGUGUAUAA